AUGAGAAGAUAUGACGUAGAGAAGUUGGAAGACAAGAGGUUUCUCAAGGAUUAUAACAACACAAUCAAGAAGAUUUUUGAAGAAAAGCGGAUAAAACAUACCAGCAAUGUGAAUGAAAUAUGGAAUAAAGUCAAAGAUUCUAUUGAAACAGCAGCGACGGGAGUUAUAGGAACAAAAAGAAAUGUAUCAAAAGUGUGGUUCAAUAAAAUAUGUGAGGAAGCAAUACGGAGAAGAAAAGCUGCUCGUGAAGGAUGGUUAAAGGAUACGGAUAAUGAGAUAAAGAGAACAAGGUUCAUCACACGACGAAAGGAAGCAGAUAAGAUUCUAAGGUGUGAGAAAAGAAAAUUUGUAUGUAACUUACUAGAAAGGGCGGAACAAGAUUUUAAAGCAAAUAAAACACGUGAUAUGUAUAAGACUAUUAAGAAUUUAAGUGGAGACUUCAAAAGAAGCGAACGAUUUAUUAGAGAUAGUAAUGGAUCCUUGGUUACUACAAAUGAAGGUAUAGCUAAAGAAUGGGAGAAAUAUUUUGAAGAACUACUGAACUGUGAAGAACCAGACGAAUUGUUCAUGUUUGACCUAGGAAAUAUAAACAACCAAGAAUGUCCAGAGCCAACUCUAGAAGAAAUAGACUUACAAAUAAAGAAUCUGAAAAAUAAUAAGUCUCCAGGUGAAGAUGGGUUCCAGGCUGAAUUACUUAAAAAUGGAGGGGAGGACGUGACACAAUGGAUCUGGCAAGUGAUUAAACAAAUAUGGGUAACAGAAGAAUUUCCAGAAGAUUGGAAAACGUCCCUGAUUUGCCCAAUACAUAAAAAAGGAAAUAAACAAGACCGUAAUAAUUAUAGGGGAAUAGCCCUAUUGAAUGUGGCGUACAAAGUGUUCUCAAAUUGUAUUCUAACAAGAAUAAAAGAAAAAACAGAACAGACAAUUGGUGAAUAUCAAGGUGGUUUUAGACCGGGGAAGUCAACGACGGACCAAAUAUUUAUUAUUAGACAAUUAUAUCAAAAAACGUGGGAAUUCGAUAGGGAGAUACAUACGCUAUUCGUUGACUUCAAAAAAGCAUACGACAGUAUUCAUAGGGAAAGUCUCAUAAAUAUUCUAAAAGAGUUCGAUUUUCCCCAGAAGCUGGUCAAUCUAGUUUCAAUUAGCAUCAUGGAAACCGUGGUCAAAAUAAAAGUCGGAAAUGUGAAGUCUGAUCUAGUGACAGUAAAAUCCGGCCUUAGACAGGGUGAUUCAAUCUCACCUAUUCUCUUCAACCUGGUAUUGGAAAAAGUAAUAAGAGAAAUGAAAAUUGAACCCCACGAAGGAAUAAAACUCCGGAACUCGACUAUUCCAUUAUUGGCAUAUGCCGAUGAUAUAGUACUGAUGGACGAAUCUCAAGAUGGAGUUAAACGGCUCUGUGGCAGACUAAAUGACGCAGCACAGAAAGUAGGACUACAAAUUAAUGAACAAAAAACUGAAUAUAUGAUUAUAGGUAGACAAAAUUGGAUGGAUCAAGUUUUGGAGGUAGAUCAUUUUAAAUUUAAGAGAGUGAAUUCUUUCAAAUAUCUUGGCUCAAUUGUGACUGAAAAAAAUGAUAUCACCAAGGAAGUAGCCGCGAGAAUCCAAGCGGGAAACAGGAAUUAUUAUGGUUUGGAGAAACUAUUAAGUUCUAGAUCAUUAUCAAGAGAGAUAAAGAGACGUUUGUAUACUAGUCUAAUACGGCCAGUGAUAUUGUACGGAUCGGAAACAUGGGCACUAAGGAAAUCAGAUGAGAAUAAGUUCUUAAUACUAGAAAGGAGAAUAUUACGAAAGAUAUUCGGCCCAAUAAAAGAUAACAUCACAGGAGAGCGGAGAAGAAGAAAAAACAUAGAGCUACAAGAAAUUUUUAAUGAAAAUAACAUAGCAGAGACGAUCAAGAAAAAAAGAUUGCGGUGGGCAGGACAUGCAAUCCGAAGCCAGAACUCUUUACUAAGAAUGGUUCUAGAACAGAAUCCAGUAGGAAAAAGGCCCUUGGGAAGACCAAAAUUGAGAUGGGAAGAUUUAGUUAAGAGGGAUAUAGAAGACUUAGGAGGCGGAGCAAACUGGAAGGAUUUGGCGAUGAAUAGAGAUGCCUGGAGAAUUGGUUGUGAGACGGGAUGGUCCUAG